UUCCUCCACCCCUGAACCCCUCUCCCGGGACCCUACUUCCGGUCCUCAUUUGUAAGUCCCGCCCCCUGAGACCCCCUCCCCGGAAGUCCCACCCCCAUCUUCAGGGGGCUCCCCGAACCCCGACUUGUUUUCUGUUUAUUGUCCACGACCCCACCCUGCCGCCCAGCUUUCCUGGAAGUCCCACCCCCGGACAUGCUUCCAAGCCCUACUGCAAGAAGCCUGACGGUAGUUCUUCCAAUUCCCCGAGACCCCGCCUCCUGGCGACGGGUCCAUCAAAAAGCCUAUCUCCCACAAGGCCAGAGCCCCGCCCCUCGGCGGACGGGCCGGGUGCGGGAGGCCACGCCUCCCCAGGGGCCCCGCCCGAGGCCCCGCCCCUUCCCUGACCACUUUGGGCCGUCCGGGAGCCUCGCCUCCUGGAAGUCCCCGGUGCACGCGACUUAGGGGCCACGCCCCCUCGGGAGCGUUCCGAGUGGGACCCGGGUCCCCUCCUCAGAAGCGCUGUCUUGGGUCCCGAAAUCCUUUGCAGACAGAGUUCCCUUUUCUCGUUUGGGCCUCGGCGCAGCUCUCCCAAGCGCUUCUGCUCCGGCAGGUGGGAAGGCCAAGUGCCCCGCCCGGUUCUGAGCAGUGCGAGGUCCGAAGCAGCCCUCUGUCUCCCCCUGCCCCCUGCUAAGGGUGGGCCCGCUGGAAGGGGGCUGGACUUGGGGUUUGGCGCGAGAGGGGGAGAGAGGCUUGCCCCUGGGUUCCCAGCCCCGGAGUUUCUCUGCCCAGGACCAACUUCGCCCCAGAGACAGCUGUAGGUCUCACACCUGCACCUCGGGAGCUGGUAGGGCCGUGGGUUUGUUGGCGUGUGACCUGCGGGUGCGACAGGAGCGAAAGUUCUCUGCUGCCAGAAAACGGUGGCUUGGCGUGGGUGGAGGGGAUAGUGACCUUUUUGCGGUUUGAAUUUUUUUUUUUUUGGAAGGGACUCCCCAGCCUCCACCGUUCCUUUGGCUCUUCUCCUCCCCCUAACCAGCGUUCUUGUCUGGGCAUUCCUCCUGGUCCCGCUCGCCCAGCCUUCCCUUCUGGAAACAUUCUUGAGGCUUUCGCCAUUUCCUGCUACUUGCCUCCUCCUCCCUGCUGGGCCGAGAAGCCAGGAGCAGCUUCUCCCCCACACCCAGCCACCCCGAUUCCCAGUAGGCAAUCUUCUUUCCUAUGCAAAUUUCAAGAGCCGACUUCCUCUUUCUCUCCUUCCAAACGCCCACACCUGUUGGCUGUUCCCUGCUCAGGAUUGUGCGGGCUCCCGUAGGAGGAGGACGUCCUGGCCUGUGUGUGUGUGUGGGGGGGGUGCCAAGCCAGGGCAGAACUGCUUCCUUGAUCUCUCUAGGCCUGAGCGCAGAAGGCCUGAGGAAAUGGAGUGACUGAGACCAGGGAAAUGAGUUUAGCACAGUAUGGAGCACGAUUUAAGUGUUAGUAUUAUUAAUCGCUAUAGUUUGCAUCUUUGUAUCUUCUGAAGUUUAAGAAUAGGUAAUCCCAAAGUGAGUGUGGGGGUAGCAUGUAUCUUCUACUUCUUGUUUGGUGACUUUGCCGGUUCCUCCACCAGAGCCAUGUCUGGGAGCCGUGUGUGGAAGGCACGGGCUGCGGCUGUUCCUGUGUCCAGCGCGUGCCUGGCACCCCUGGCACAGACUUGGCCUCUGCUCUCUUUAUCCCUACAUGGCCUGUAGCCCCCACUUCUUUUAGAGAACUGUUUCACUCUCUCACCUCCUCCAGCUGGACUCUGCCCCUGGUGUUGGGGGGCACUGUGCUCCAUAGUGGACACCUGUACCUCCCUAGUCACCACUGCCAGAGGAGGGGUAUGAACCUGCCUGGCAGGUCAGAGCGCUGCCACCUAUCCACCUAGCCGCCCUUGACAGCUGGGUUUGCUGACUAGGUCUGUGGAAGGGGGCACAAAAGAGUGCUUGGCUGGGGACCGCUGCUCCUUGCGGUAGGGCUCCUUGCGGUAGGGCUCCAUCAGCCUGUCCUCUACCCCAGCUCCUGCGUGGUGACUCUUGGGUAUGCCAUCCAAGUUGGACUUUGUUCCCCUUACUUCUCCAGCUUUGCUCUUCCUCUUGGCCCCUCUCUGUGUCCACUGGGACCACGUCCAUCAGGACAACGUCCAUCCUUUCCCCUUUUCUUAACCUGUCCACAGCUGUGGUAGCAGAGGGUGCUAAUGGCCCAGGCUCCCUGCGGCCGCCACCCCACUGUGUGGUAGUGCUGAGGGGGGGGGCUGGCCUGGAGGAGGGGGACAUUUGAGUGUUCUACCGGGACAGGAAGGGAAGUGCUGAGCUCAGGGAUCCCCUCCCUUUUCCACCCGCAGCUCCCUCUGUUUCCUCUCUCAUUCCCCCUACCCUCCCGCGGCUUCCUGCUCCCUUUGGCCUGCCCACGUCCUGUGUGGAUUGAUCCAGACCUCCUCUUAUUUCCCUCCUUUCUUUCUCAUUCCUACAUCCUUCCCUCCCACCCCCACUUUACUCCUCCCCAGAUUACUGGUAGUUUGUCUGGGGGCGGGGGCGGGGGUGGCAAGGAGAGCUCUAUCCCUGCCCGAGUUCUAGGCUGGGGCUGUGGUGGGGGCUUAGCCCCUUAGAGCCUGUGAGUCAGCACUGUCCUCGGGAUUGGUCUCUGGCCUUAGCUCUCCGCCCCUGGGGAGGAGCCAGGCAGCUCUGGGUCCAGCCUGUUCUCUUCUCAGCCAGAGAAGAGGCUCCACGCUGGGCGGGGAUGGGGCCCGAAACUCUCUGGGUCUGAGCUGGGGGCGCUGGCGCCACUUGUCCCUCUCCUUCCCCAGGAUCCUUGAGAUCCCUGGGCCCUAGAGGUCCGGUCAGACUAAGGGCCUGGGGAUGCCCCCUGCCUGGCCCCCUUGCCCUGACUGGCAGGGGGGCCAGGCUGGGCAGCAGCCUCCCUCUAACUGCCGCCAUGGAUCUCCUGCCCCCCAAGCCCAAGUACAACCCACUUCGGAAUGAGUCUCUGUCAUCGCUGGAGGAGGGGGCUUCAGGGUCCACCCCACCGGAGGAGCUGCCUUCCCCAUCAGCCUCGUCCCUGGGGCCCAUCCUGCCACCUCUGCCUGGGGAUGAUAGUCCCACUACCCUGUGCUCCUUCUUCCCCCGGAUGAGCAACCUGAAACUGGCCAACCCAGCCGGGGGGCGCCCGGGGCCAAAGGGGGAGCCAGGAAGGGCAGCGGAGGAUGGGGAGGGGAUCGUAGGGGCGGCCAUGCCAGACUCAGGCCCCCUGCCCCUCCUCCAGGACAUGAACAAGCUGAGUGGAGGCGGCGGGCGCAGGACUCGGGUGGAAGGGGGCCAGCUGGGGGGCGAGGAGUGGACCCGCCACGGGAGCUUUGUCAAUAAGCCCACGCGGGGCUGGCUGCAUCCCAACGACAAAGUCAUGGGACCCGGGGUUUCCUACCUGGUUCGGUACAUGGGCUGUGUGGAGGUCCUGCAGUCAAUGCGUGCCUUGGACUUCAACACCCGCACCCAGGUCACCAGGGAGGCCAUCAGUCUGGUGUGUGAGGCUGUGCCCGGUGCCAAGGGGGCAACAAGGAGGAGAAAGCCCUGUAGCCGCCCGCUCAGUUCCAUCCUGGGGAGGAGUAACCUGAAAUUUGCCGGGAUGCCCAUCACUCUCACCGUCUCCACCAGCAGCCUCAACCUCAUGGCCGCAGACUGCAAACAGAUCAUCGCCAACCACCACAUGCAGUCUAUCUCGUUUGCGUCCGGUGGAGACCCGGACACAGCCGAGUACGUCGCCUAUGUUGCCAAAGACCCGGUGAAUCAGAGAGCCUGUCACAUCCUGGAGUGUCCCGAAGGGCUCGCUCAGGAUGUCAUCAGCACCAUCGGCCAGGCCUUCGAGUUGCGCUUCAAACAAUACCUCAGGAACCCGCCCAAGCUGGUCACCCCUCACGACAGGAUGGCCGGUUUUGACGGCUCAGCUUGGGAUGAGGAGGAGGAAGAGCCACCUGACCACCAGUACUAUAAUGAUUUCCCGGGGAAGGAACCUCCUCUUGGGGGAGUGGUGGACAUGAGGCUUCGGGAAGGAGCCCCCCUGGGGGCUGCUCGGUCCACUCCACCUGGUGUCCAGUCCCCCAGCCACCUGGGAGCAACGCUGCCUGUGGGGCAGCCUGUCGGGGGAGACCCAGAAAUUCGCAAACAGAAGCCACCUCCACCACCCUGCCCAGCAGGUAAAGAGUUCUUUGAUGAUCCUUCCUAUGUCAACGUCCAGAACCUAGACAAGGCCCGGCAAGCAGGAGGUGGGGCUGGGCCCCCCAAUCCUGCCAUCAAUGGCAGUGCGCCCAGAGACCUCUUUGACAUGAAGCCCUUUGAAGAUGCCCUUCGGGUGCCUCCAACUACCCAGGCCGUGGCCAUGGCUGAGCAGCUCCGAGGGGAGCCCUGGUUCCACGGGAAGCUGAGCCGGCGGGAGGCUGAAGCACUGCUGCAGCUCAACGGGGACUUCCUGGUGCGGGAGAGCACGACCACCCCGGGCCAGUACGUGCUCACCGGCUUGCAGAGUGGGCAGCCCAAGCACCUGCUGCUGGUGGACCCUGAGGGCGUGGUUCGGACAAAGGAUCACCGCUUUGAGAGUGUCAGCCACCUCAUCAGCUACCAUGUGGACAAUCACUUGCCCAUCAUCUCUGCAGGCAGUGAACUAUGUCUACAGCAGCCCGUUGAGCGGAAGCUGUGAUCCAUCUCAGUGCUUUCUCCCUGAAGGGGCCCACCCACCCCUUCCACCCUAUUCCUUGAUUCUCAGGACCUCAUUUGGGAGUGUUCUGGGGGCUUGGCCUUGUGUUGGAGCCAGGGAUAGUGUGGACACGGCUCAGCAUCCAGCUGAAUGAGAGGGUUUGUCAGAAGCCUGGGGUAGAAUCCUGUUUCUCCCCAAACUUUACCAAAGUAUUACUGUACAGAGCGGCUUCGUUCCCUGGGCCUUUCCUGUGCCAAUCUGAUACCCCCUUCCCCAAGAAGGUGGGUGCUGGAGGCCUAGGCAGCAUGCCUCCUUGAAGUGAGAAAGGCCUAAUGGGGCAAUCACCUUUCCAGGGAAGGGGGAAUGAAUCACACCUUUGGUCUACCCCUGGGCUCAGGGUACCCCAGUCUCCUCUCAGCAACCCUCCCUCCCAGUGUUUAAACUUUGUGCCUUUGACCAUCUCCUAGGUCUGAAGAUAUUUUAUGCAAAGAGUUUUGAGCCCCUGAGGUCGAGGGUGGGGGUGCUGACACCUUCUUGGCUUCUGGGACCCUGUCCUCUCCUUGCUCAGCAUCCCCUCCAGUUCAGGUUGGGAGAACAGAGGCAGGAAUGGCAGCUGUCCCCUUUCCCCGGGGAUAGGCAACCCUUAGAGAUUGCCUCAGAGCCCCCCUUCCUGGCCAAUGGGGAGAUGGACCCCUCCCUUGCUCAGUGCCUCCUGGCCAGGAGGUGCCCCUCACCCAAGGGGUCUGUAUAUACAUUUCAUAAGUCGUUCCGUUCCCCCCGCUCCAUGUUGCAUGCAUGUUAUACUCUACAGCCAAAGCAUAGCCCUUGGUCCUGCAGCCUCUACCCCUGCCUCCUCCUGGUGGGGUGGGGGGUGGGGGGCGGUGACUGGAUGCGGGCUUCCUGAACUGGUAACUCUCCCAGGCGGAUUUGUGGAGGCAGGAACGGGGACACUGAGGCGAAAGCAGUAGACAAUCCCCAGAUACCAUCUGUAGAUUUGGGAAGGCAUUUAUUUUUAUUUUAUACGCAUAUGUUUUAGGGCUAUAGGUUUAUUUUCCUUAUUUGUUUAACGUGGCUUGAGCACAAAAUGACGAGAAUCAAUUACGUGUACACAUCACCUCUAACUUGUCGAAGCCCUUUUACAAUCAUUGGCAUUUUCUCCUCCCAGCCUUUGAGGCAGUUGGGCCGACAGCAUUCUCUUUUCUGCCAGAGACCUGGUGCUCAGAGCCGCAGAUCCUGAGCUAGGACUGGAAGGAGCGAGGCGGGAGGCCCCAGGGCUGUGACGGGCCCUGGUAGAGGCCGCCUGCGCCACCUCGCCGGCCCGGAGCCCGUCCUGCCGCUGCGAGUUUAGGUCUCGGUCCUGGCCUUUUCGUGUAGUUGGGGUGUCUCCACGGGUCUCACUUAUACCAAAGGGAAAUCCUCUUCAUUAAAGUCCCUAUUUCUUGUA